GGUGGCGCGCGAGGACCCCUGGGUGGCGCCAUUUUGGAGUGGCGGCGGCGGCAGUUCCGUGCCCGGUGCCUCGCUCGGGGUCUCUCCCGGUUCCCCCCCGUCCCCUCCGUUCUGCCGGCGGCAGCAUGAGUGUGGUGGAGCACGUGCGCGAGAUGGCGGCCGCCGGGCUGCACUCGAACGUGCGGCUGCUCAGCGGGCUGCUCCUCACCAUGAGCGGCAACAACCCGGAGCUGUUCUCUCCCUCCCAGAAGUACCAGCUCCUUGUGUACCAUGCAGACUCCCUGUUCCACGACAAGGAGUACAGGAAUGCUGUCAGCAAGUACACCAUGGCCUUACAGCAGAAAAAAGCCUUAAGUAAAACCUCCAAAGUCAGGCCUUCCACUGGGAAUGCUGCAUCAACACCCCAGAGCCAGUGUUUACCGUCAGAAAUUGAAGUGAAAUACAAAAUGGCUGAAUGUUACACAAUGCUGAAGCAAGAUAAAGAUGCCAUUGCUAUUCUUGAUGGGAUUCCUUCCAGGCAGAGAACUCCAAAGAUCAACAUGAUGCUGGCAAACCUGUACAAGAAGGCGGGCCAGGAGCGCUCCUCGGUGACGAGCUACAAGGAGGUGCUGAGGCAGUGUCCCUUGGCCCUGGAUGCCAUCCUGGGUUUGCUGUCGCUGUCAGUGAAGGGAGCAGAAGUGGCCUCCAUGACCAUCAACAUCAUCCAGAGCAUUCCCAACCUGGACUGGCUCUCGGUGUGGAUCAAGGCUUACGCCUUUGUGCAUACUGGAGACAACACCAGAGCAAUAAACACCAUUUGCUCUUUAGAGAAGAAGUCAUUGCUGAGGGAUAAUGUGGACUUGCUGGGGAGCUUAGCAGAUCUGUACUUCAGAGCUGGAGAUAAUAAAAACUCUAUCCUGAAAUUUGAACAAGCACAAAUGCUGGAUCCUUACCUCAUAAAAGGAAUGGAUGUUUAUGGUUAUUUAUUGGCACGGGAGGGUCGGCUGGAGGAUGUGGAGAACUUGGGCUGCCGGCUCUUCAACAUUUCUGACCAGCAUGCAGAGCCCUGGGUGGUGUCUGGGUGUCACAGUUUCUACAGCAAACGCUACUCCCGUGCCUUGUACCUGGGAGCCAAAGCCAUCCAGCUGAACAGCAACAGUGUGCAGGCUCUGCUGCUGAAGGGAGCUGCCCUGAGGAACAUGGGCCGGGUGCAGGAGGCCAUCAUCCACUUCAGGGAGGCCAUCAGGCUGGCACCCUGCCGCCUGGACUGCUACGAGGGUCUCAUCGAGUGUUACCUGGCAUCCAACAGCAUCCGUGAGGCCAUGGUGAUGGCAAACAACGUGUACAAAACCCUGGGGGCAAACGCACAGACCCUCACCCUGCUGGCCACAGUCUGCCUGGAGGACCCAGUCACGCAGGAGAAGGCAAAAACAUUGCUGGACAAAGCUCUCACACAAAGACCUGACUACAUUAAAGCUGUGGUAAAGAAAGCAGAACUUCUCAGCAGAGAGCAGAAGUACGAGGAUGGCAUUGCCCUGCUGAGGAAUGCCCUGGCCAACCAGAGCGACUGCGUCCUGCACCGCAUCCUGGGCGACUUCCUGGUGGCCGUCAACGAGUACCAGGAGGCCAUGGACCAGUACAGCAUUGCCCUGAGUUUGGAUCCAAACGAUCAGAAGUCACUGGAAGGACUGCAGAAAAUGGAGAAAGAGGAAAGUCCAACAGAUGCCACCCAGGAGGAGGACGUGGAUGACAUGGAGGGCAGUGGAGAAGAGGGGGACCUGGAGGGCAGUGACAGUGAAGCAGCUCAGUGGGCAGAUCAGGAGCAGUGGUUUGGGAUGCAGUAAAAGCCUCCUGCUGCUGCUUCUGGCACUGGAACACACCACUAGGGCCACUCUUCUCAGAAGAGCAGAAACUAUGGGGUUUUUCAGUAAUAAAGGACUUUUUUUUGUUUUAAUAGACUCUGAAACCAAUUAAUAGUUCUGUGCAUCUCAAUACUGUGGAGAUUCUUGAUGCUUCUUAUUUAUUAAGUGUACAGGACUAACUGCAUCCAAGGCUAUUUACAACUUCCAUUUUGAAAAAUUCCUGCUAGAACUCAAACCAUCAGAAUCUGAGGUGUGUAAUGAGCCUUUUGUUUGUGAUGAAGACAAUGUCUGAGUUGUGUCCAGGGCUGAGUGCUUGGGCAAGGUGUCAAUGCAGUGGUUUGUAAGGCCUUGCCCAUGUGUGUGCAGCCAUUGGAGCCUGGGGGAGCCACUGGAGUGUGGCUGAAAGCAGCACUUUCCUUUUGCUGUGUUUGUUGAGUUCAUUUGUCUUUUUCUAGGGCAUUACCUGUGCUGUCCAGGAUACAUUUGGGACAAUAGGCAACCUGGACUUGUUGGACACUUUUUGUAGCUGAUUUCUCUGUGUACAGAAUUGAGCCAGUGGUGGAGAAUUAAAGUUAUUUCCUCAACCCUU